CCUGUACCGCUGGCAGAGAUGAGGAUGUUCGUGGAGUCCCUGCGGCUCAGCGGUCCUCACUCAGCCCUCCUGCUCCUGGGGCUUGUGCUGGGUGCCGUAGCUCAGCACAUCUGUAUCGGGAACACCUACCCCAAAGACGGCAAGUGCUGCAAGGACUGCCCACCAGGUUAUGGAAUGGAGAGCCGCUGCAGUGGCAACCAGGACACCAAAUGUCAUCAGUGUCCGUCUGGCUUCUACAAUGAGGCUACAAAUUACGAACCCUGCAAGCCCUGCACUCAGUGCAAUCAGAGAAGUGGGAGUGAACCCAAGAGGAGAUGCACACCCACACAGGACACCAUCUGUAGCUGUAAGCCAGGCACAGAGCCCCGGGACGGCUACAAGCGUGGAGUCGACUGUGCCCCAUGCCCACCCGGACACUUCUCCCCAGGGGAUGACCAGGCCUGCAAGCCCUGGACCAACUGUACCUUGAUGGGAAGGCGUACAAUGCAGCCGGCCAGCAAGAGCUCGGAUGCUGUCUGUGAGGACAGGAGCCUCCCCGCCACACUGCCAUGGGAGACCCAGAGCCCCCUGACCCAGCCCCCUACCCCCCAGCCCACUACGGCCUGGCCCAGGACCUCGCAGGGGCCCUUCACACCCCCUACGGAGCCCCCCAGGGGCCCCCAGCUGGCUGCUGUCCUGGGCUUGGGCCUAGGCUUGCUGGCCCCCGUGGCAGCCGCACUGGCCUUGCUCCUGCACCACAGAGCCUGGCGGCUGCCCCCCGGUGGAAAUAGCUUCCGGACCCCCAUCCAAGAGGAGCAUGCCGACGCCAACUCCACCCUGGCCAAGAUCUAAGCAGCCAGUGCUCCCACCCCAGACUGGGGGCCCAGAGGGUCUGCUGGAUGUUUAGGGGCAUUGUGGGUGCCCCCAGGCACUGGCCAGCACAUCCUGUCACCUGGGUGCCCUGUCACCCUGCCACCCCACCCUGCGCCGUUUUAGGUGCUCCUGGGCUGGCAUCCAGGGCUCUGCUACGUAUGCUGUGCAUACUCCCUGCCCAGGGUGGU